AUGACAUCCACUACCCUUCACCGAGUCCCCUCUCUAGCCUUGGGUCUGGAGAUCAGGUCACUGGUAAGAGGUGUGAGGGACAGGAGGCAGGCGAGCACUUGUCGGAGGCGUUUUCAAAGAGUGUACGAGGCAGCCGUCAACCAGGAGAAACAGGAUGCUCGGAGGUCACACAAAGACCUCAACCCAGAGGAGAAUGAGAACAGCACUCAGGAGGAGAUCACAGUUGUCAAUCUCAAUACAGACAAAUCAGGCCAGGUGAAGAUAGAGACCGUGGACGACCUUUUCAACAUCUUGAAACUGAGGAAGAGGAGGAGGGAGAGGAAGGUGCAGAACAAGAAAGUACCUGAGCCAGAGAUCAUUCCCGACACAGUGGAUCAAGACACGUUCCUGAAAGCAGCUAUGGAGAAUAAGCUGCCUGUGAUUGAGAAGUACCUCUCAGAUGGAGGUGACCCCAACGUCAGUGAUUAUUUCCUAAAGACAGCGCUACACAAAGCCUCAUCUAAGGGCCAUGUGGAGACUGUGAAGAAACUGCUGGAGGCUGGGGCUUCUAUUGAGAAGAAAGAUAGAUUGGACGCCACAGCAGUACACUGGGCCUGCAGGGGAGGCAGCCUGCCAACUCUGGAGCUGCUACUCAAUGAAGGAGGGAGGUUCAAUUCCAGAGACAAGCUGUGCAGCACUCCUCUCCAUGUGGCAGUGAGGACUGGACAUUAUGAAUGUGCUGAGCACCUCAUCCACUGUGGAGCAGACGUCAACGCUAAAGACAGAGAUGGAGACACACCCAUACACGAUGCUGUGAGGAUAAACCGAUUCAAAAUGAUCAGGCUGCUGAUGAUGUAUGGAGCCAGUCUUAAAACUAAGAACAGCGAAGGCAAGUCCCCUAGUGAGAAUCUUCUGGCAUGGCAGAGUGGCGCUAAAAACAUCCUGUGUAACGUCAACAAUGACAAAUCUGUCAAGUAGAGCAAUGACUGAGGUCAUUCAGAUUAUCAUUAAUAUGUGAUACUGAUCGAUUUGUUGAACGCUGAUAUUGCUGGCCAAUGUUAGGGCUGUAGCUUCCAUCCAUUUUGAUGUUGUGUUGAAGUUGUCUAUUGAGAUUCUGGGGAGAUAAUGUGAUCGUUGGUUAGUGAGCAAGACAAAUGUAACGGCAUGAUACUGUGGGACUUUAAAAAGUGACGUGUUUACAGUACUACAGUAUACUUUGAACAUUCAAAAGAGUUUUAACCAAAACUAGUUUCUGGUUACAUUCACCAGUUUAAACACACAGACAGACGUGAUAGCAGUGAGCUGGUAAGGAAAGUUACUGUUGGUUAAGAGGAUGUUUUGAAUAGGAAAUCGUUUGAGUAAUAUUUUUGAUGUUUUUUUAGAAGAGACUCUGGAAUGCAAAGCGUCAAGAGACCUCACUGAGUUUUGUAUUUAUUGUAAAGUUAAUCUGUAUAUUUUGCUUGUUAUUUAUCGUUUAAUUCCAUAAACCAAUCUGAUGUUUUAAAAUA